CACAUUCGAUUUCGUUGGCUGUUUUGUCUUGUCGUUUUUAGUUUCCACACGAAGUCGUUUCACUCACUUACUUAAAAUGGGGGACGUCGACGGCAACGUGCUCGCCGCAAACUCGCUGGCGAAAUUCGGCGUCGAACACAUGUUCGGCGUUGUUGGAAUCCCGGUGACGUCACUCGCCAACCGCGCCGUCUCUAUGGGCAUCCGAUUCAUAUCCUUCCACAACGAGCAGUCCGCCGGUUACGCCGCCUCCGCCUACGGCUACCUCACCGGCCGUCCCGGCGUUCUCCUCACAGUCUCCGGCCCCGGCUGCGUCCACGGCCUCGCCGGACUCUCCAACGCCAUGGCCAACGCCUGGCCGACAAUCAUGAUCUCCGGGUCAUGCGAUCAAAACGACGUCGGCCGCGGCGAUUUCCAAGAACUCGAUCAGAUCGAAGCCGUUAAGCCCUUCUCCAAAUUCUCAAUCAAAGCCACGAACAUAACCGAAAUCCCCAAUUGCGUUGCUCAAGUCCUCGAUUGGGCCGUGUCGGGUCGACCCGGUGGGUGCUACUUGGAUAUUCCCUCGGAUGUGUUGCACCAGAAGGUAUCCGAGUCGGAAGCCGAGACCCUCUUAACCAAGGCAGAGAAAAACCGUAGAAAAAACGGAACUUUUACUGUUCAAGGUUCAAAGAUUUCGGAAGCGGUUUCGCUUUUGAAACAUGCUGAGAGGCCUUUGAUUGUGUUUGGGAAAGGAGCAGCAUAUGCUAGAGCUGAAGAGCCUCUGAGAAAACUAGUUCAAACUACUGGGAUUCCGUUUCUUCCAACUCCCAUGGGGAAAGGGUUGUUGCCCGAUACUCACGAGCUUGCUGCAACUGCUGCUAGGUCUCUUGCUAUUGGGAAAUGUGACGUUGCGCUUGUGGUUGGUGCGAGGCUUAAUUGGUUGCUUCAUUUCGGGGAAUCACCGAAGUGGUCUAAGGAUGUUAAGUUUAUAUUGGUGGAUGUGAGUCCCGAAGAAAUUGAGCUCAGAAAACCUUAUCUGGGUUUGGUGGGAGAUGCUAAACACGUUUUGGAGAUUCUGAAUAAAGAGAUUAAGGAUGACCCCUUUUGCUUGGGGAACACUCAUCCCUGGGUGCAAGCUAUAUCCAAUAAGGUUAAGGACAAUGUGUCCAAGAUGGAGGCUCAGCUUGCUAAGGACGUUGUGCCCUUUAAUUUCUUGACGCCAAUGAGGAUUAUAAGAGAUGCCAUUCUGGGUUUGGGAAGCCCUGCUCCUGUAUUGGUUUCGGAAGGUGCCAACACCAUGGAUGUGGGUCGCUCUGUGUUGAUUCAGACGGAGCCCAGGACGAGGUUAGAUGCAGGGACUUGGGGGACAAUGGGAGUUGGUCUUGGUUAUUGCAUUGCGGCAGCAGUGGCUUCUCCUGGUCGACUUGUUGUUGCGGUUGAAGGGGAUUCUGGAUUUACAUUUAGUGCUAUUGAAGUUGAGACAUUGGUUCGGUACCAGUUGCCUGUGGUUGUGAUUGUUUUCAACAAUGGCGGUGUAUAUGGUGGCGACCGUAGAGGCCCAGAAGAGAUAAAUGGACCUUACAAAGAUGAUCCUGCCCCCACAUCUUUUGUCCCUAAUGCAGGGUACCAUGCUUUGAUAGAAGCUUUUGGUGGAAAAGGCUAUCUUGUUGGGACACCUGAUGAACUCAAGUGUGCUCUUUCAGAAUCCUUCUCUGCUCGAAAACCAGCCGUAAUAAAUGUUGUCAUUGAUCCCUAUGCCGGUUCAGAGAGUGGGAGGCUGCAACACAAGAAUUGAUUUAUCUUAAUUCCCAGAUUCUCUAUAGCAUACUUUCACUUCAUUUGCUGUGGUUUACUUUUUGGUUUUUAAUAACACACUAAAUUGUACUUCUGUGGUCAUUCCUAUUUGAAUUAUCUGCUGUACCAUGUUCAUCAAUGUAAACGUUUCUUCUGGAAAAAAUUAUGUGAUUUAACAAAUAUGAAGCUACAAGUUGUAACUUGAAGGAUGCUACUGAAUCUCAAUAUUUUAUCC